GGGGGCAGUAGCAAACAGCUGGAACAGAGCCACCAAUGAACAACUUCCGAGGUGGCAGCCUGACCUGCCGCAGAAAACUGCGGAUGUCAUAUCUUGAUAUUCUUUUUUCAUCUAUCGACGUGAGAUAAACGACGUGAGAUGCCUUUGCCCGUGCAGGUCUUUAACUUUCAGCCUUGGAUGUACCCAGUCAAAGAUGAUGAUGAUGAUGAUGGUGGUGGUGGUGGUAUUGUGUGGGUGCUGGACAUCCGUUUCUUUAGGAUAAAGUGCCGGGGCAAAGAGCCGCACAUCUGCCCCGUAAUGGGGUCUGUGGAGCCCAUGCAAAUUGAUGCAGACCCUCAAGAAGACCAGCAGAAUGCUCCUGACAUCAACUACAUAGUGGAGAACCCGACACUGGUAAUACCUGCCCGGGCCGCAUGCUUCAUUGUGAGACUAAUCCUAAUGCUGGUUCACAGCCGGGACCUGGAGCAGUAUGCCACCAGCUACAGUGGGCUGAUGCGCAUCGAGAGGCUGCAGUUCAUUGCAGAGCAUUGCCCUCAGCUCCGAGUGGAAGCUCUGAAGAUGGCGCUUACCUUUGUCCAGAGGACCUUUAAUGUGGAUGCCUAUGAAGAGAUCCACCGCAAACUGACGGAAGCCACACGGGAAAUCCAGGGGGUACCAGACACCGUGCCUGAAGGUGGGGCUGUUCCUCCUCCCCUGGACUCCAGCUGGGCUGAAUCUACCAGGAAAAAGGCCCUGCUCAAACUGGAGAAACUGGAUACAGACCUAAAGAACUAUAAAGGCAACUCCAUCAAAGAGAGCAUCAGGAGAGGCCAUGAUGAUCUGGGGGACCACUACCUGGACUGUGGGGACCUCAGUAAUGCUCUGAAGUGCUACUCCCGGGCCAGAGACUACUGCACCAGCGCAAAGCAUGUCAUUAACAUGUGUCUGAAUGUCAUUAAGGUCAGCGUUUACCUCCAGAACUGGUCUCAUGUGUUGAGUUAUGUCAACAAAGCAGAGUCCACACCAGAAAUAGCUGAGCAAAGAGGAGAGAGAGACAGCCAGAACCAAGCUGUCCUCACCAAACUGAAGUGUGCUGCUGGACUGGCUGAGUUGGCCUCACGGAAGUAUAAACCAGCUGCCAAGUGCUUUCUACAGGCUUCUUUCGAUCACUGUGACUGCCCUGAGCUGCUGUCCCCCAGUAACGUGGCGGUGUACGGAGGCCUGUGUGCCCUGGCCACAUUCGACCGCCAGGAGCUCCAGCGCAAUGUCAUCUCCAGCAGCUCCUUUAAAUUGUUUCUGGAGUUGGAACCUCAGAUCCGUGACAUCAUCUUCAAGUUCUAUGAGUCCAAGUAUGCAUCUUGUCUCAAGCUACUGGAUGAAAUGAAGGAUAACCUGCUGCUGGAUAUGUACCUGGCUCCACACAUCAAGACGCUGUACAGUCAGAUCAGGAACAGGGCCCUCAUUCAGUCGGACCCCGAGCCCCAGGAGCCACUGGGGGCUUGUGAGCGAGCCUACUCUGUAGCCAAAGAUGACCCCUGUCUGUGUGUCUGUCAGUAUUUCAGCCCCUACGUAUCGGCUGACAUGACAAAGAUGGCUCAGGCUUUCAACACCACAGUCCUAGCUCUUGAGGAUGAACUCACCCAACUCAUACUGGAGGGUCUGGUCAAUGCCCGCAUUGAUUCCCACAGCAAGAUUCUGUACGCAAGGGAUGUGGACCAGAGGAGUACCACUUUUGAGAAGUCCCUCCACAUGGGUAAAGAGUUCCAGAGACGAGCAAAAGCCAUGAUCCUCCGAGCUGCUGUGCUGCGCAACCAAAUCCACGUUAAGUCUCCACCAAGAGAGGGCAGCCAGGGGGAACUGACCCCAGCGAACAGCCAGACAAGAAUGAGCACCAACAUGUGAAGAGAGACAGUCUUCCACAGGCUUGUUGGUUAUGGACUUUUAUCCCAGCCAUUCUUUCCCAGCUCUCACACCUGAAAGACUUCUGCAGUGAUCCGUCACCCCAUCGCUGGCCUAAUGUGUAGAAUGUGGCUAGUCUGUGGAUAUUUGGUCAAGAUGAAGAUUUUGAAAUGAAAGCUGAGCACUUGAGCUCUACAUGAACUCUUUAUGCAGCCUUAAUAUCUGAGACAACGAUCUAAAAAUAAAAACCUGCUGAAAUCCACAUGUAGUUGUUGCUUUGAUCACUUUUCAGUUUGAUCACGUUUCAUCAAAGUUCAUCACUUUGAUCAUUUGUACUGUGUUUUUCUGUUGACGGUAUACAAACAUCUAAAAAUAAAAUUGCCAAAUCAUGACAGAAAUAAA